CUCUUUCUUUUCCACUACCACCAUCGAAGAUUCUUCACAGCCCUCUAAACCCAAAUCCUCUCUCAAAAAUCCCUGCACUAGUUUACUGACAUAACUAGCUCCUCCUUCUAUCUUGCUCUCAAAGCUUCUCGCAUGGCAAUAUAGCUUUGCUCCGGUCUGUGGUGAAGAAAUGGACUUUCCUUCCAAACUUGGGACGCUGCAGAUUUCAUCAAAAUCAGAAUUUCUCAAUCCCCACCUCUUCACUUCCCUCCCUUCUUUUCAAUUUCAGCAGAAGAAUAUACUCAAGCUUUCAUUGAAGCCCAGAAGAGUUUCCCAAUUGGUGGUGAGGAGUGAGGAUACUCCUCAAAACUCCGACUUUCCUAAGUACUAUUCGAAAAGAGAGAAGAAGCCCUUUCCGGUGCCCAUAGUAGAUUUGAGGCGUAGGGCAAGGGAGAGGCUUAAGCAGAGCAAGGGCAAGCCCAAAAAGCCAGUCCCACCUCCCAAGAAUGGCCUGCUCGUCAAGUCCCUUAUACCAGUUGCCUAUGAUGUGUACAAUGCCAGAAUCACACUGAUCAACAACCUCAAGAAGCUUUUGAAGGUGGUGCCUGUACAUGCCUGCAGGUUUUGUAAUGAGAUUCAUGUUGGACCGGUUGGGCAUCCGUUUAAGUCAUGUAAAGGGCCGGAUGCUAGUAUCCGAAAGGGCCUUCAUGAUUGGAUUACGAAUGCAACUGUGGAUGAUAUUUUCUUGCCUGUUGAGGCUUUCCACUUGUUUGAUCGACUUGGGAGGCGAAUUCCUCAUGUGGAGAGAUUCGCAAUUCCGAGGAUUCCAGCAGUAGUUGAGCUUUGCAUUCAGGCUGGGGUCGAUAUCCCGGAGUAUCCCACUAAGAGGAGGAGAAAGCCGAUCAUCCGCAUUGCGAAAAGUGAGUUUGUUGAUGCAGAUGAGAGUGAGCUGCCAGACCCUGAAGGUCCUAAGGGAACGGUGUUAGCUGAGAUACUUGAUUCCGAGAUUGUGGGGCCAUGUAAUGAAGAGGAGAAGAUCUUGCUUGCUGAGGAAACGCUACGAGCAUGGGAACAGAUGGGGAGAGGAGCCAAGAGGCUAAUGAAGAUGUAUUUGGUGAGGGUUUGUGGGUAUUGCCCUGAGAUUCAUGUAGGUCCAAGUGGGCACAAAGCUCAGAACUGUGGUGCCUUCAAGCAUCAACAGCGAAAUGGGCAGCAUGGAUGGCAGGCUGCGGUGCUCAAUGACUUGAUACCACCGAGAUAUGUGUGGCAUGUGCCGGAUGUGAAUGGACCACCAUUGCAACGGGAGCUGAGGAGCUUCUAUGGACAAGCCCCCGCGGUGGUUGAAAUGUGUGUUCAGGCAGGCGCUGCUGUGCCGGAUGAAUGCAGACCAACUAUGAGGUUGGAUGUGGGGAUUCCCUCAAACGUUAGAGAAGCUGAAAUGGUAGUUUGAUGAGGUAAGUUAAUCCUUGCCCCUUCUUCUGCUCCUUUCAGUACAGCGAAUUGUAUGCACAACAUUGGAAUUGAAUGCAGAGUGAUAAAUUUGUACAUGUUGACCCUGCUUAUGAACAUUAGUUUAAAACAAUAAAACAAUCCUUCAUCACUUGAUGAAAUUACUGGUUAA